AUGGCGCCCGUUUUCUCCUGUCCCGUUGAUCUGCGCGCUCAGAUUAAAGAUAAUUGCUUGUUUCUGCAGAACCACCUAGAUGCAGACUUCUUGAUUAUUGUGGCCAGAGAGGCUCCUAAGCAAUACAAGGCAAGUGUGGUGAAAACUGAAGGCCGCACUAGAACAAAGCUUUUUUCUGCAUCAGGAGCAUCCCAGGACGACGCCUUGCAGGCUCUCUUCGAUGAGACCUGCGAAGCCGUCAACGACCAUAUCAAGACAAACGGCUAUGGGGUGGCGCGGGAUGCCAGGAAGCACAAAUCUAAGAAGUCCCAUAAAGUUUAUAACGACGAUAGCGACUCAGACAUCACUUCAUCUGCUACAACUGUCGACGGCUAUGAAACCUUUUCCGAUGAGGAAACGGUCUCCGUAACCUCAGUAGCCAAUACUGAGGGACAUGGCCGACGCAGCAAGCAUCGCGGGAGAUCCACUAAGAAGAGUACUACCCGGAAAUCGAGGAGGCCACGCUCGCGUUCUCCGUCGUCUAGCUCCAGCUCUUCCGAUUUUGAGACUGACGUUAGCUCGAUUUCUCGACCGCGAGUAUCUGUCGUCCCUCCUUUCAGGGCCAUCACGCAACGCCCCACGGCCCAUACCCCCUAUGCCACGCGCUCUCCUCUGGGGAGCCAGCCCGCUCCUCAGAUCGGUGUGGCUGUUCCUCCACCACUUUCCCCAGGCUCUCAACAACCUCACACUCAGCCUCUCGGCCCCCAUCCUCAACGGAUUAUGCCGCAGUCUGCUCACAUGAGGUUUCAUGAUGUUUGCCUCGUUAUCAAGCAUCAUAACGGCAGCACCGAGACUGAACGCCGCACAAUUAGCCAAGUUGCAGAGCUCUCUCAGAAGGCAAUCGAACAAGGCGCUCUGGCCUAUCUCUGGCGUCAGUCCCUCCCAGCUCAGCCGGGCAACAGCAACAACGCCGCUCAUCCCACGACUGGAACCGCCACUAAAGACGUCAACAACGCGGAUAACAUGCCCCCACCUCACCGACGCAUCCAACCUUCCGUUAUUGUUAAGGUCAAAUCCGUCUCCAUCGACGGUAACCCUUACGAUCUGUCGACUUACCGGACGAAUGACUUGACCAAGAUUGUGGAGAUGCUUCGGGCUGAGGCGAAGGACAAUUCAGCCAUUCCCCGGUUCGAGGUGGAUAUUUGGAACAAGCCUUAUCAGAUUAACACACCUGCUCCCCCUGGCCAGAGGAUGCCUUGGGGAUACGGUGCGGUGCACCCUCCGGCUGUGGGGGUUCCUCCCUCCUCGCUGGUCCCUCCUCCUCCUCCUCCUCCGCCGCCGCCCCAGGCCCCUGUGUUGGCGUCACCGUCUUCGGUUCCUCCGCCUGUUCCUCGCGGGUUUCCGGUAAUUAGUGCUCAAGCUUCUACUAAUGGUGUUGUCCCUGAGGGUUCUGCACUCGGUCCUGAUACUAAGAUGGGCUGA